AUGUUAGCCAUGAUUCAACAGGCGCCGGGUACCAAGAAGCCUGCUACUCUAGUCGAUCGAGCCAGAGAGGCGCUCCGCAAGUUCACCGCGGAGGAUUUGAUUCAGCUGAGGGAGGACAGGGAUAACCGUGGCGACCCCAAUGUUCACAAAGAACCUGAUGCCUCGCUCGACUUCGUUGGUCGAGCACGAGAACAAGUUGAACUCCAAGAGGCAUUGACCCCAGCAUUUACAGCGGAGAGAGACGACAAGAAGACCAAAGUUGUUGCUGAGUAUGCAACCAUUAAUGGAGCCGGGAAGAGUCGGUGGCUGUUCCAAGCAUUCAAAACAUGGUCCCAUAUCAAGGACGAUACACAGCUGGCCUCCAGCGUUGUGCAUUUGGAUUUCAAUGGAGCAGAUGGCAGCAAUGAUUGCCUCGAGACCAAGAAACCAACAGUUCAACCCGAAGCUGCCCUCGCUCGGUUGCUGCUGAGCAGAGGACUGUUAGAAUGCGCUCCUGACCUCACAUGGAUUGGACGGGGAGCAGUUCCUGAUGCCGAGCUACCCCCAGUAUCAGUCAUUGCGGAUGCUCUAUUCUAG